AACCUAAAUCUUAAGUCUUAAACCUGUAGUUUUAUGUUAGAGAGCAACUUGAUUAAAUUUAUAUGACAAGUCUUAGCAUACCCUUAUUAUUAUGUGUAGAGAUUUAUUACAUGUACAUGUAACAUAAGCAAUUCUGUGAAGAGAAAAAAGUCGAGUGAAAGUAAAUGUUUCUAGAAUUUAGAAAUUAAACAAAUGUGAAUUCUUCUAUUUAUGCUCAGAACUAAAGUAGAAUACUUUUUCAGGUAUCAGUUGAUAAGAGCAAGUACGAUGUAUUGAAAUUUUGGGCUUUAGGGCGUGAGAGGAUUACAGUAAGCGUACCUUGAUAUAAAGCCUUGUUCAUGAAGAAAGAAAACAUGCCAAAACCCAAGUUGUACUACAAACGUGUUGUGAUCGCAUUAAGAUUUAAACGAGACCAAAAACUCAUGCUUAAGUCUUUCAAGGAAAUUCCUGUGAAUGCUCUGGAAAUGAUGCUUCCAGAUGGGAAAAUCAAAAUCAGUAAAAUGGACAAAGGUUUAAUUGCAACUUCUGUUAGUAUUGCCGUGAUGGGCAUUGUAGCGAAGAUAGUAACACUCCUGGCAUCCAUGAAUGUUGAUUGGAUGCUUAUCCUGAGUGGUGUAACUGGGUUGGCAGACGUGCAGAGCUGGACAAUAAACAAAAACAAAAGGAAUAGAUAUCUGGCAGAUUUAUCAAGGCUUUUGUACUUCAAGAAUGUGGCCAAUAAUCGUGGUUUGUUGGCAUUGCUUGUAGACAGGGCAGAAGAUGAGUCCUUCAAGGAGGCUUUAUUGGUGUACACAUUUCUACUUGCUAACAGGCCGAGUACAAUGUAUGACAAGAGAAGUGUUGAAAUAUACCUCAUUCUACUUGCUAACAGGCCGAGUACAAUGUAUAACAAGAGAAGUAUUGAAAUGUCACCUGCUGAGUUAGGUGGGCUAACUGCUGUUCAGUUGGAAGGAAGGAUAGAGAAGUGGAUUUAUCAAGUGACUGGCACAGAGGUGGAAGUAGAGUCACUGGAAGCUAUAAAUCUACUCAAGAAGUUUGGAAUUCAGUGUGAAAUUGACAAUAAGUUGCACGUGCUACCACUGAUGGCAGCAUUGCAUAAUCUUCCUCAGUCAGUGGUUGCUAGGACAACAGAAUCGGACAUAUUUGAGGGUUACGAUAGAGACGUUUUCAUGGAAACUGAAGAGCAGUAUCAGGAGGAAGAAAAGGUUCAAAAGAGAAUAGGAUGGUUUUGAAAGUUGUGAAAGAUAAUUUAAUAGAAAAUAAAGAUAAAUUUUACACCAAAUCAGGUCUAACAGAAUAUGCAUUAUGCCAUUUGGUAUACAUGCUGCUGGCAACAGACAGUGUAGGAUAUAAAUGGACAGAAACAGGUGUGUAGAGGACAUGCCUGAAACUAGUUUGAAUGUAGGAGCAGCCAUUAUGCAGUGUACACUUUGAAAAUGUUUAUAAAUUACCUAUUCUACAGAAAAUGCUUCCAUUUCAACUAUAUAUUACAUCAUAAAAGAAAUUGUUUUACAGAUAUAUUAAGUAUAUUUUAUUUGCAGAUGUAAAUGUUUGAACUUCCUGUGGAUAUAAGAUGUCCUCAGUUUUGUGUAAGUCUCAAAAUGCUAAAUUAAUUUCCCAAACAUUGCCCUGUCUUUUAGAUUUUUCUUGUGGUACAUAUUUUUUAAAUGUUUAUAUAACAUUUCAUUUUAGUUACCUUUAAGCGUAUUUGCAGUAAAUUUGAUGUAUUGCGUUUAAUCUUUUAACUGUUAGAUUGAUGUCUUGAAAACGGAUAUUUAAGAGUUAUUAACUACAGUUGAAUGUGCCCACACAGUUGAAACAGAUGUCUAAAAUGCUAAAAAUACAAGACUUCCAGUUCAGCUUCAACUCUUAGAAAGAGCUAUAAUAAUAAAAAAUAAAUGUGUCCGAUAGCACAGUU